CGCCCGUCCCUCUCUCUCCCUUGACACUCCUCUUGCUGGCAAGAACCCGGCCGGCGGCCGCCGCGUGAUUUCUUGCAGUGCAGAGGAAGGAAGUCAGGAACAAGGGAAUCCAUAUUUGGCGUUGGAUCCCUGGCUCCCUCCCUCUAGAUAGAUACAUAUAAGAUUUCAGAAGAAAAACGAGGCCCUUCUCGAUUUCUUGCAGGUGCGUGGUGCGGCGGCAGCGCAUGCGCAUUCUCUCCUCUCCCCGUCUUCCUCUCCCCGGACAACCCGGCCGCCGCCUCCCGCAUCUUCCACCCUCGUUGUUGUUAGAUUAGAAGAGUCUUCCCCCGCAUCGCCCAAGGGAUCCUCGCAUCCCGACAUCCGAUUUCUCUCCCUCCCUCCCUUCCCUUUCCCUUCCUCCUCUGCUUCCGGGGAGGAGGAGAGGAACGAGACGAAGGGCGGCGCACCGGGAAGGAGGAGGACGACAAGGAGGAGGAGGAGGAACACCAUCCUUCCUUCCUCUUGCACGCGGCCGGAGUCCUCGUCCUCAACCCUCCUCCUUGGCCGCCUUGGCUCCACUUCCGGGUGCCAUCACACCACCUCUGCCGGCGCCCACCGGCACCCAUGUCGCCCUUCUACCUCGCUCGCGGUGCUUCCAAGCUAGUGAGAAGGAUUACCUCGGAGACAUCAGUCGAGCUCAAGAUUCUCUCCGAUAAAUGGCGGCUUCUCCUCGCUGGCCUCAUUUUCCAGUACAUCCAUGGCUUGGCCGCUCAUGGGGUUCAUUACUUGCACCGGCCGGGGCCCACCCUUCAAGAUCUUGGCUUCAUGAUUCUUCCGGAGCUUGGGAAAGAAAGGGGUUACAUCAGUGAGACAUUGUUUACAUUCAUCUUCCUCACCUUUGUAUUGUGGACAUUUCAUCCUUUCAUCCUUCAGACUAAACGCUUCUACACUGUUCUGAUAUGGCGCAGGGUACUUGCGUUCUUAUGUGCUUCUCAGUUUCUUCGAAUAAUAACAUUCUAUGCAACACAGCUUCCAGGACCUAAUUAUCAUUGUCGCGAGGGCUCACCUCUGGCUAGAUUACCACCACCCCAGAAUGCAGCUGAGGUCUUUCUGAUUAAUUUCCCAAAAGGAGUGAUUUAUGGAUGUGGUGACUUGAUAUUUUCAUCCCACAUGAUUUUCACCCUAGUUUUUGUCAUAACAUACCAGAAAUAUGGAAGCAUAAGGUUUUGUAAGAUGCUUGCUUGGUGCAUAGCUGUUGCUCAGAGUCUUCUUAUUAUAUCUUCUCGCAAGCACUACAGUGUUGAUGUUGUUGUUGCAUGGUACACUGUGAAUUUGGUGGUUUUCUUUGUGGAUAAGAAGCUUACAGAACUUCCUGACCGAUCGGUGGGUUCCACAUCAGUACUUCCUGUGAGUACAAAGGAUAAAGAUACCAAGUUGAAAGAAGAAAAUACGAGAUUGCUGAAUGGUAACUCUAUGGAUUCAGCUGAUCGGAGACCACGAACACAAAUGAAUGGAAAGCAAAUUGAGAAUGAAAGCCAUGUUGGUAGUGAAACUGUGAAAACAUGAUAAACUCUGAUGGAUGGGGUUUUGUCAUCUAAAAGACAUUCCAGACAACUAGCUUUGGUGCCUAGCUCCUUGAUGACUUCAUGACAUGUAACUACGACCUACGAAGGAAAUAGUUUUACAUCUCGCUGUUCUAGGCAGCAGAAGUUUUGUUUGCAAAACUGUAUAUCUUCCUCAGCUGUCUCAUUGUAACCCCAUUUCUUUCUGGUUUCUUUCGUUUAUUUUCCAGCUUGGAAUUCAUAUUCUUUAUACCAAUUGUGUAUAGUUAGCACAGGGUUCUUUGCAUGUGAACAGUAAUCAUAUGGACAAUAUAAGCUUGUCCUUGUUAUAAGUACCCAUUGUUA